AAUUUCAACCAACGGCCAAAAUGCCACCGCCAGCACCACCAACUCACUCUCCAGUUAUCCCUAGCACCACCCUCGCCGCCCCAUUCCUUCCAAAAUCACCCGCGCCAGUCUCACCACUUCACCUCUCCCCCACCCCGUCCCCUCAUGAAACCAUCGCAGUCUCACGCCGACGCGCAGCCUUUUUGCUCUCAAUUUUAACCGUCCCUCCUCUACUUCUUUCAGUGCAUGACCCGCCCACAGCUUCCGCAUUCUCCCUCGGCAUCUCAGGACCGAAGAAUUGGCUGAAAGAACAAAAGAAGAAGUCGUCCAAAUUCCUGUUAGCUCCGGUUGAUGCUUCUCGGAACAUCCUCCGCUCUGCCUAUCUUCUAAUGACUAAGGGUGAAACGGACUAUGAGGAGAAUGACUUGGAAGAAGUUAAAAAGUUGGUGAAAUCUGCUACUAGAGAUUGUGUGGCUGAACAAAGGAAUUCAUUUGUGGCUUUCCAAGCUAAGACUGGAGUAGAGGUCUGCACCUUCCGGUUAAUUGUGAAUAAUGCAUCUUCUUUGCUUGAUGAUAAAGAUCCCACAAAGUUAGAAGCUGAAUCCAAGCUCACUGAUCUGAUAAGAUCGUUUACUUCUCUCAGUGAUAUGACCAAUGAAAUAGGUGGUCAAGCUGCUUCAAACAGGCAAAGAGUUGCAAAUGCUCUUAUGGAUGCAUUAUAUUCCCUUGACAACUUUGAGCAGGGAAUCAAAGAUUGCCUUGAAAUUUAAUGUUCAGAUACUGGAUUCUGAAAAGAAAAAAGAGCAAGAAAGAUUUUAACGGUGAAUCACUUAUUAAAUAUAUUGCAAAGAGGAGGUCCAAGAAUGUCAUCGUUGAAAGUUGGGGCUGUUUUUUAUUAGUUCAAUUUCGUGUUUCUUUAUUUACAUCAUGGUUGAAAGUUGGGACUGCUUUUUAUUAGUUCAAUUUUGUCUUUCUUUAUUUAUGUUCUCAUUUUGUGACAAUAUGUAUAUUAUUCCAGCCAAAAUCUUAGUGCAAACUGAAAUGGUUCAAAAACAUAGACUGGCUUAUGCCCCUUAGCUUAUGAGCAUCUGACAGGUAAUUUAGUAAAUGCAUUGUUUCAUUAACG